GCUUAGUUAUUUUGAUAUUUCUAGGCUGAGGCUCUUAUCAGCUCUUAUCAACAGGCUGUUUGGAUGGAUGUAGCGACAGUAUGCAGAGUCAGUCUGCAGUCUGUUUAAUUGAUAUUACACGUUAUAAGUCCAUGAAAUUAUAAGUUAAGCAGUUUCUUGGUGUGCUGUUAUAAAACAGUACUUUUCGAAAAUACAAAUAUGCAGGUAUCAUAUAAUGGAGUUAUAUAGUGGCUAAUUGUAGCCUACCGUUCUAGCGGUACUGAGUCUAACUUUGAUUACAAAAACAUCAUAUGACAAGCUGUUCGAAGAUAAACCUCAAGAGACGGUUUCAAGACGAGAUACGAUCAAACUACACGUGCCUGAAAAGAUUGACCGGUAAUGUACAGUUACUUGGCGAUGGCGCUGCAGCUUAGAUCACGCGGCGUUCAGAAUGCGUUACAAGCCAGAUAAAAAAAAAUCGAUUCUUUGUUAAUAAGAAUCUGUGACUUUUGAGGAACACUAGUUGCAACUUUAACUCGAAUUCAUUUGGUGCAUUUUAAGCCUUUAAAUGUACAAUAGAUAUAAAUAUGGAUGUAGAGAAAUACAUGUAACGGGAUUGGAAGAGAUAGCUCUGUCAUGGAGAAGCUUUUGUAUUAACUUGAUCUCUUAUCACUGUUAUCACUAACAAUGAAUCAUGUGAACAAAGGGACAUGCAAUGAACUGCGCCAUCACUUUAUAUUAAUCAAAGUACGAGUACACGGUACUUCCUUUUCCUACAGCCGAUGAUGUCAAAUCAGAAUGUAAUUGCUGUCAUGAACUGCUCUUGUCAUUCAAUUUAACUCAGGUACCCCUUUACGUUCGCGGUACCACUGUACAAGUGCUGAUAUAAUCGCAAUGCGCCAGCCGCGGGCAUCAGCCUUCGCCAUCAUAUGACUCCGAAAGACAUCCCUCAUCGGACUCUCCAUAAGCGAAACGUGACUUGAAGGGUCCGACAUGAAGUCCCUGUGCCAUGUUGAUGCUUGGAAGACCGGACUUCUGCUCCUGCUGGUGUCCCAAGGCGCCUCGCAGGACUCACGAGGACCUGCCUCAGUCCUGCGAAAUGACUUCGACCGUGUGUGUGACUCGCCUUCUCCAACAUCUGCAGAGCCAGUCGUGGACGACCUAUCGUGCGUGUCGCUGAGCCUUCGCAGGCUGAAGUGUCAGUGGCAGACCGCGAACCAAAGGGACGCCAAGAUGUACCUAUAUGACUACACUCUCACGGGGAAUUCUGAGCAGCCGUGCACUUGCGGUGAAGACUGGUGUGGUUCUUGCCCUGGGCUUUGCUGCUUGUGGAAAGUGUCCCCUUACGACCCAACUUCUCCCGAGAUCAUGAUAACAACUGCAACGACCACGCAAGUCUGCAACGUAACCUUCAACCAUUCACUCAUCGUUCGACCCAACCCGGCUGACGACGUUAAGAUCAGCCAGACAGGGUCGUAUCGUGAGCUCGAAGUAAGCUGGGAAACGCCUCUGUACCUUACGCAGUUCCAGCCAGGGCUUUUCUACACCGUGGGCUACAGGCCUAAGGAUGUCAGUACUUAUGGUCUUCUCGACUGGCAGAACGAAACAGGGUUUUACCAUGGCAGAAACACAACGGUGAGGCUGACGUCGCUGCACGGCUGGGUGGACUAUGAGGUGCGCGUGAGACUCCGCUCGGGGGCACGACCUCCGCCCUCGCCCGACAACGGCACCGACGGAUGGUGGUCGUCCGAGGCCUCUGGCAACGCCUUCACGCCGCAGGGAGCGCCCGAGGUUGCCCCAGCCGUGGGCGUGGGGACCUUCGAGGUUGAGAGCGACGCCGACUCCGGGCGGCGGGCGGUCGCGCUGCAGUGGCGCCCCGUGCCCCCGCUGCUACACAACGGACCCGGCCUGGAGUACCGCGUACUGGUCAGGGACCAAACGAACAACACGGUCAGAAAUCUCACAGAACUUGGAGCAUCUGUUAGAAUCGACAACCUCAACAAAAGUACGAGUUACAGAAUGGAAAUCACCGCCGCGAACAGCGCCGGCGUCGGCCACACGACGGCAGCGGUGCGCAUCCCCGCCGACCCGCCACCCGCCCCGUUCCUGCCGGCAGUCGUCUACCACGCUGGGACUGGCCACUACGAACUCAGGUGGCCGGCAAAGGAGCACCUCACCUACACGGCCUACGUCUGCACCGACGGCCUGCCAUCCAGCGCGCCGUGCAAGAACAAUUUGUACUGGAAGAACUUGGGUUCAGCAUCAGCGGUGAACCUCACAUUGGAGGAAUUGAACGUGACUGACUCCGUGACUCCUGACGAGAUUCGUUUCGGUCUGUCAGCAGAGACCUUCGCCGAGGACUCCAGCGGCAUGGCCUGGGACAGCUGCAUCCAUCCCCAGCAGUAUAACACGCAGCAUUCUACACCCAAAAUUGUCCCAGACUACGACAGCACGACAAACAGCGUGAGUCUGCGCUGGAAUGCGGACUGCGCUGCUCGAGGGGGGGUGAUCGAGGAGGUGCAGGCGAUCUGGUGUGAAGGCCAUAGCAGCUGCGUUGACGCAGGCAACGCUUUCUUGCCUCGCGAAGAAAUCCCCAUGAAGAACGAGAGCGACGUGUUUUCGGGCGUCGUGGUGCUGGAGGGCCUUCGCGAGGGCUCGGAGUACGCGGCGAACCUCAGACUCAAGUACCGAGGCGGCUUCUCGGGAUGGUCCUCCCCGCUGCCGUUCUCGACGAAGGCUUCAGUUCUCCCGACGUGGCUCAUCGUCAUCAUCGUCAUUGUGGCUAUUGCGGUCACUGUUGUGGUCCUCGCCGCCGGCGUCUACAGCAGGAG